GUGAUUCAGCUAUGAAGAGAGACUAGGUAGGUUGGAGUUGUUUUCUUUAGAACAGAGAAGACUCAGGAGAGAUCGGAGUUGUUCUGAGAAACAUAGACAAGGAGAAAUGUUUUCUCUAACUUGAGGGGUCAAGAUCCAGGGAACACAGUUUUCAGGUCAUGAGUAAGAGAUUUAGAGGGGAUUUGAGGAAACCGUUUUGCUUCCAUAGGAUUGUGGGUAUCUGGAAUGCAUUGUCUGAAAGGGUAGUAGAGUCAGGAAUUCUAAAGACAUUUAAGAACUAUUUAGAUGAACACUUGGAACGUUAAAGCAUACAAGUGCUAUAAAAUGGGAUUAGAAUGGUUGGAUGUUUGAUCAAUGGCAUGGACACAAUGGGUGGAAAGGCCUUAUUUCAUGUUGUAAAAACUCUUUAUUAUUCUAUCUUUGCUUCUUGGUGCCACCAUGCCAGGUACCAUUAUCAGAUGCGAGAUCAACAGACAACUUUCUCUGUUUUGGACCUUGCUUGCCUGUUCCAGCUGAGGGAAUUCACAAUAGCAACCUUCCCUAUUGACUCAUUACAUCUUCUUUGCGGAACACCAAACUUAUGCUCGUCGGUCCCAAGGAGAAGCAUGAAGAAAAAGGCCAAUUUCACCUGUCCUUUUAAUGGCAACUGCUCAAUUACAAAGGAUAACAGAAGACAUUGUCAAGCAUGUAGACUCAAGCGAUGUCAGGAUAUUGGCAUGAUGAAAGAAUUCAUUUUAACAGAUGAAGAAGUUCAACGGAAAAAGGAGAUGAUUUUAAAACGUAAAGAAGAAGAAGCAGUCAAGGAGGCAAAGAAACCAAAAUUGUCAGAUGAACAAGAAAAAUUGAUUGCCUUAUUAGUUGAUGCCCACCAUAAAACAUUCGAUACAUCGUAUUCGUACUUCAGCCAAUUCAGACCACCAGUCCGGGAUGAAUCUAAAAUGGAAGAAUCCGAGCAAUCCACUUCUACUGAUGCGUCACAGAAUCUCUGCUCAGCUGAUACUUUUGGUUUCGAUUCUUUCACUGCAUCCUUCCCAGAAGGUUGCAAUCUAUCUAUAGAUAUGUCGGAGUUACCAAAAUUAGAUUUCUCCAUCUUUGGGAUGAUUCAAGAUGGCACCAACAGUCCCAUGAGGAGUGAAAAACUACCUAUGCUGCCUCAUCUGGCUGAUCUGGUCUCUUACAGCAUACAGAAAGUAGUUUACUUUGCAAAGGCCAUCCCUGGAUUCAGGGAGUUGCUUGCGGAUGACCAAAUUGCCCUUCUGAAGUCAAGUGCAAUUGAAAUUAUUAUGCUACGAUCAAACGAGUCCUUCUCAGUGGAGGAUAUGUCCUGGAAAUGUGGAAAUGAUGAGUUCAAAUAUGAUAUAAAUGACGUCACCAAAGCUGGCCAUUCCCUGGAGUUGCUUGAACCACUGAUAAAAUUUCAGGUCGGCUUGAAGAAUCUGAAUUUACACGAAGCAGAACAUGUUCUUCUCAUGGCUAUCUGCAUCCUUUCACCGGAUCGUCCCGGAGUACAGAACCGUGUUCAAGUGGAGCGUAUUCAAGAUGGGUUAUCCGAAACUCUUCAGUCAUACAUCCGAGCCAAACAUCCUCCUCCAGGUAAUCGGUUAUUGUAUCCGAAGAUGAUCCAGAAGUUGACAGACCUCCGAAGCCUGAGCGAGGAACAUUCCAAACAGUUCCAGUCUCUGACCUUUAAUCCUGAUUGUAACACACACCUUACACCACUUGUGCUUGAGGUAUUUAGCAAUGAUGUCGAUCAGUGAACCACUUUCUUUUGUUGCAAACAUUUAGGUUCACACAGGGUAGCAGGCUUGAUGCACACACAGCGUUUCCUUUGAAAAACUGGGUUUCCAACUAUCAAAUGAUACUCUGAAGUACUUUCUGAAUUGUUUUGGACCAGUGAUCUAAAGAGAGGAGGGAUGGGGUGAUAAUUCAGUUUGUAAAGGAAUUUCCACUUGUACAGAUAUUUUACGAUGUAGCAAUAACAAUGGAAAGUAAAAGUGAUAGUUUUCUCUAUCACUUCAUUUGUACCUGAAACAUGAGAACAAGGGCAACAUUUUAAGCAUCUAGUGAAUAUAUUUGAUGAAUGUAAACAAAGUACAUCUGAUCUUUGAAUUUAACACUCAAAAUAGAUGAUGUCACCCAUCAGUCCUCUUAAUGUUUCCGUGUUACAUGUACACAUGCAGUAAUUGCAGGGUAAAUGACCAUUUUUGCCAAUCUUAGCAUUUUUACAGUUUUCUUAAUAUUCAUGAAAUGCUUUUAGAUAAUCUGAAAAUGCAGUUGGCAGGGAUGAUGAGUAAAUGUUAUCAGUGGCAGAAAUUCCAGCAAUGUCCAUGCCAAAAGCAGGCACUAAACUACUACAAGAAUCAAGUACACCUUCAGAGGCCUUCGUCUGUUGGUGUCCUACUUCCUGCUGCCCCAGAAAGGAUUCCCUGCUUGGUCUUUGAGUGUUCACGACAUGUUACUCACUAGAAGUGAUAGACAAGGAUCUGAUGAAUUGGCCAUCAUCAUGACCUGCACAACUGAAGACUUGUGGAUUAAAAUUAGACAAAUAGCAUGUAAUCAGGAAGUUGUAAUCACCUUCACUCCACUAUGUUCGCAUAUGCCUUUGGGAAAGAAGGCAGUUUUCAAUGGUCUUUUCCACAAAACUAUGUAAGCACAUAUUUAUUUCUUGGUCUUUUUUGGAAGUCAAUUCAGGUUCCAGAACUCUGCAGCGAUGACAGUUGCAUUUGGAGUCCCUCACUGGCGCCACUCACAUUAAUUCAUUGAAAACCUGGGGUUGUAGAAGCAAAGAAUUAGGAUUUCUUAAACUAUACAUAACUUAGAUUGUCAUUGAAUCUGAUCAUAUGUCACACCUGCUGUGUUGAGCCUUUUUCUUGUUUUCAUGGUUUUUAUUUGAAAAUUACAAGGUAGAGCUCCUGAUUUGGGAAUUUGUGCAGGGAAUAGUUCAAUCAUAAAAUCCACGUUUUGUGUUCAAUCCCUGAUCUGUACUGAGGCAGUGGUCUCUGCCAGUUUGGAUGUAAGGGUAUUGCAUUCGGUGUUGGCACUCUUGGAAAAAGGUGGGGGAAAUCAACAUAGGUGCUUGAUCCUGGCCAUUACACACUCCUGCUGGAAGAGCACAGGAUUGGGCAAAGACGCAAUGUGGCUUGGUUGACACCAUAGUGGUGGAAUUUCUUGUUAACAUUCACCAUAUAGGUUCCUACCUGAAGAAUAGUUACUUGAGGUACCUCUGGAAUUGUAUUUCCACACGAGUUAACACCUUCUGAAGAGGGAUGUAAAUUUUUGGAAAAAGGCAAAAAAAAAUGCAAGUUGCAUUUGGAGAACCCAUUGGUACGAAACUGAUUCUCUUACACCAGACUUUACAAUGUGUCGGAAAUGCUGCAGUGACAUCAAUCUGACCUGAAGUACAGAUCUUAAUGUCUGUAUAUUGCACAAUAUGCGUACAACUAUCUGUACAACAGUUGUGGUACUUAUGUCUGUGAACAAUUCACUGUCUGUCUCAUUUUUUUAUUCAACCAGAAUUCAUGUACAGCAGCAGCCAUUUUAUGCACUUAUUCUCUGGAAGCAAGUAACAUUGUUUCAUACUCAGGAAAUCCGCAUUCCCUUCAGGUUGUAAAGAAAUAGAAAUGUUUAAAACUGCAUUUAAAAAUGUUUUACAGCAUUGACCAGUGUGGUUGUAUUAACAUUGUAUUCCAUAUGGUGCUGAAUCCAGAUCUGGGCAGGUUGAAAAUAUACUUCUUUGACGCCAAUGGUGUCACUUACAAACAGGUCACAUGGAGAUCUGGAAUUUUACUAAUUGCAAAAGACAAUCCUUCCCACCUAGUGUCCCUACCUGGUUGAUGCUUAUGUGGAUGUUCUGUACUGGGGGUAAACUUGUAUUUCAUUUCAGAAAGCAAGUUAUAGAAGUGCUGACUCUUACCGCCUUAAACGUAUGCAAUAGAUGGAUAAAGAAUUCUGAAGUGAAAUAGAAAAUUGAGUAGCACUUGCAAGUGACAUUCAGGAGUGUUUUUACUUGACUAAAUGAACAAGCUGCACUUAUACAGAAAUAAGCCAGAUUGUUUUAAAGGAUUAUUGAGACAAAAGAUGAGUUGCAUAAGUGUUUCUAAAGUGAGGAGUGCAACCCUGGAGAAGUGAUUAAAUGUAGCUGGGUAAAAGCAGAUACUGGUAUGUACAUCACAUUGUUAUUUACACAAAAGUAUACCAUGUUUAGACAGGAUUUUGUCUUCUACAGGGUUUCUACAUUUGUCUAAGUUGUCAGACGUGAGCACUGGCUCCUUUGUCACUAAUGAAGCUUGAUGGCUGGGCACUGUUUACCCAGAUUCUAGCGCACAAGUGCGGAGAGACCUGCCUGAGCCAUCUACUAGUAGCUGAGAUUGUAUGGUUACCUCUUUAUCCGGCCUUGAACCUGGACAUUCUGGGAUAAGAAAAACAGAUCUACCAAAUGGAAAUAAGGAAAAUGAAAUUAUAUUUUGUAAAUGUAGUUUUAGCUUAUUGCACAAAAUAGAAGCUAUAUUUCACAGAGGUUUGUAAAUUACUGUUGAAAGACAGUUUGGUGGCUGCAUCCCACCUCCCAAAAAUACAGUGGCUUUAUUUGUAAGCCUGGUUCUGUUGAUGUAAACAUGUCAGUUUGAGAUUGGUGUUGUACAAAGGCUUGUUCUCGAUUUGUGAUAGGGGCAUCUUGCUAUAUUAUACAAGGCUUGCUUGAAGGCAAGGUAAUUAGUUUAUGCUGAAGAUGGACAAUGUUGUGCAGUUAAUUAUCGUACUCUGUCACUUUUACUUUAACAUCCUCUUCAUGUGUAUAUCAGGUUGUUCCUAAUCGGCUGACUUAAUCUACUAUCUUUUGACACUUCUCCCCCAAAAGUUCCACAACCUUUUUCCUGUUUUGUUUUUAAAGUGAACUGAUGACAGCAUUUAUAAGCCAGGCACUGCAUACGCUUCUGGUUUUCUGAACAUUUUAUCUAGUUAUCUUGGUCUGGUCAGGUCAUUUAUCUUUCAACUCUGACUUAUUCGAGUACAUCAAAUGUUCACAAUCAGGCCUUGGAGGAAUGUCUAUAUUGCAUCAUUCCACGAAAUGCAAGUGAACUGUCGCAGAAAUGGUCUUGUACCUGAAAUUAAACUAAGCAGGAUAAACAGUGAUGGGUUCAGGUUAGCCAACGGUGAAUGUAUGACUUAUUAUUAGAGGUUUAAUUGUGAGAAAUAAAUUUCCUGAAGGAACUGUGGAGUCUGAAGCCACACCGAUUUUAAGUUCUCUCUGAAUGAAUGAGUUAAGGUGGGUCAAAUGGUCUUCCUUGGGCAUGAUUUUACAGUCCCAUGGUGAUGAGAAACAACGUCCUAUGUAGACAGGGUCCUCAUGUACACAAAAUCCUGUGCCAGGCUGGUGCACUUGAGAUGGAUGGACUCCGCCAUGAACCUCCACAGUGCCUCAGGAAAUACCGACACAGGGGACACACCUCCUAUUGGUAAAGGUUGAGCUGCCUUUGCAGUGAUUCAUGAUGCACUGGAUCUAUGCCUAGCUGAGCAGGGUUGUGUGUACUUCACAGGAUGUUGAAACUGCUCCUCCAAACCACCCACUAUUAUCAUUGAACAGAGAAGCCCGGGGGUAGGUUAAGAAUCAUUUCAGAUAUAGAGUCAUACAGCAUGGAAACAAUCCAACCAGUCCACGCUGACCAUAAUCCCAAACUAAACUAGUCCC